GGCACUUAUGAGACUUUAUUGUCUUGCAAGUGCCGCAAAACACGUACUAAAACUAAAACUACCGUGGUGUCCCCAGAAAUGGCUGCUCCAAAAGGAGUGGCUAACCCGAAGCGACCUAGUCAAACUGGCGGAGACCAGUGGCUCGUCGCUUGAGGCGGUCUUAGCCAUCGACCACAGCGUCGACCUACAACACACCUAUAGGUUUCGGUGCACAUUUUGCCCGCGACUGUGCGACAGAGAGGUCAAGGAGUACCGGAAGGAGGAUCUGGCCAGGCAGACAAUGAGGGCUCACCUCCUUGACCACAUCAAGAAUUUUGCUGCGACUGUGCCCCAGGAGGACCAAGAAGAUUUUCUCACAAGAAAUCAAAUGUGGCGUGAGAAAAAGACAGGUAUGUAGCCAAGUGUUGAACCCUAACACUGAUUUUGUAAGAGUUGGUACAACCUACUUUACUUUUUACUUUUGUGGGUGGUUGGCGGAUGUUCUGAUGUGGU